AUGGCACCACCAGGUAUACCGGUACGACUUUUAAAUGAAGCUCAAGGACAUAUAAUAUCUGUUGAAUUGAAUAAUGGAGAUACAUAUCGAGGUAAAUUAUUAGAAAAUGAAGAUAAUAUGAAUUUAUCAUUAUAUGAUGUAACCACGACAAAAGGUUUAACUGGUAAAGUAUCACAUAUGGAACAAGUAUUUGUAAGAGGUUCAAUGAUUAGAUUUAUAAGUAUACCUGAUAUAUUAAGAUUUGCUCCAUUAUUAAAUAUGAAACCAGGUGAUAAACCAAAACCGCCAGUUAGAGGUCCACCACCAAAAAGAACUAAAAGGUAG